CCGGCUGGGACAGGGGGCGGUCCCGCUGCCGGAAGGCGGAACUGAACGGAGCUGAGCCGGGCCGGUGUGCGGAGCGAAGAGUUGGACUAAUUCCCUUAGCUGAAACGGGCGGCGAUGGAAAUCCGGUACCCGGAGGCGGAGCGCGACGAGAGCCGGGUGGAUGAUUACCAUGGGAUUAAAGUACCCGACCCUUAUGCCUGGCUUGAGGAUCCCGACAGUGAACGGACCAAGGCAUUUGUUGAAGCCCAGAACCAGCUAACCAUGCCUUUCUUGGAGAAGUGCGGAGUCAGAACGAGACUGAAGGAACGCAUGACUGAAUUGUUUGACUAUCCCAAAUACAGUUGUCCGUGCAGGAAAGGGAACCGAUACUUUUAUUUCCACAACUCUGGACUGCAGAACCAGUACGUGUUGUAUGUCCAGGAUUCCUUGGAUGGAGAAGCUCGGGUGUUCCUGGAUCCCAACAAGCUCUCUGAGGAUGGGACUGUGGCCCUGUCGAUGCUGGCCUUCUCCGACGACAAUGAGUUCUUGGCGUACGGGCUCAGUAAGAGUGGCUCUGACUGGGUCACAAUCAAAGUCAUAAAAGUUGAAGGUCCCGAGGAUCUACCAGAUACCCUGGAAAGGGUGAAGUUCAGCUGCCUCUGCUGGACUCAUGAUGGAAAGGGAAUUUUCUACAACCGCUAUCCAGAUCAGGAAGGAAUCACGGAUGGCACUGAAACCACAUCCAACAUUCACCAGAAGCUCUAUUACCAUGUGCUCGGCACUAACCAAACCGAGGACGUCCUGUGCGCAGAGUUCCCAGAUAACCCCAAAUGGAAAAGUGCAGCCAAGGUUUCUGACGAUGGUCGUUAUGUUCUAUUAUCCAUUCGUGAGGGUUGUCAGCCCAAGAACCGGGUCUGGUACUGUGACCUGCACCAACUACCAAAUGGCAUUACUGGCCUCCUUCCCUGGGUUAAACUGAUCGACAACUUUGACGCAGAGUACAGUUAUGUCACAAAUGAAGGGCCUGUGUUCACAUUCCGAACAAACCUCGAUGCUCCUCGCAGUCGAGUCAUCAAUAUUAACCUGGAACAGCCAGCUAUGUCACAGUGGAAGGAACUCAUCCCCCAACAUCAGAAGGAUGUCUUGGACUGGGCAACCUGUGUCAAUGAUAAGUUCCUCGUCCUGAAUUACCUAAAGGAUGUGAAGGACACCCUGCAGCUGUAUGACCUUGCCACGGGAAAAUUCCUCAAGGACCUCCCCCUUGAUGUCGGCAGCAUUUCUGGAUACAGUGGACGGAAGAAGAACAAGGAAAUCUUCUACCAGUUCACCUCCUACUUGACACCAGGAAUCAUUUACCACUGUGACCUGACUCAAGAGGUGCUUGAGCCUAAAGUUUUCCGAGAAGUGGAGAUCAAAGGAUUCAACUUUUCUGAUUAUCAGACAGUUCAGGUUUUUUACCCGAGUAAAGAUGGGACAAAUAUUCCGAUGUUCAUUGUCCACAAGAAGGGGAUAAAACGAGAUGGUUCCCACCCACUGUUCCUGUACGGCUAUGGAGGGUUCAACAUCUCACUGAGUCCAUAUUACAAUGUGGCGUAUCUGAUAUAUAUCAGGCACCUGGGCGGGAUCCUUGCUGUGGCUAAUCUACGAGGAGGUGGGGAGUAUGGAGAAACUUGGCAUCAAGCCGGGAUUCUGGGCAACAAGCAGAACAGCUUUGAUGAUUUCCAGGGUGCAGCAGAGUACCUGAUCCAGGAAGGGUUCACCUGCCGUGAGAAGCUGACGAUCAAUGGAGGCUCGAACGGUGGCCUGCUUGUCGCUGCCUGUGUGAACCAACGGCCCGAUCUGUUUGGCUGCGCAGUCAUUGAAGUGGGGGUGUUGGACAUGCUUCAGUUUCACAAGUUCACCAUUGGUCACGCCUGGACCACUGACUACGGCUGUUCUGACAAGAAGGAAGAGUUUGAGUGGCUGAUUAAAUAUUCUCCCCUCCACAACAUCAAGGUCCCAGAGGGAGGUAUCCAGUACCCUGCCACGCUGUUACUAACUGCUGAUCACGACGACCGAGUAGUGCCCCUUCACUCUCUGAAAUAUAUCGCCACAUUGCAGCACACAGUGGGCCGCAGUCCCAAUCAAAAGAACCUUCUCCUGAUACGUAUCGAUACCAAGUCAGGCCACGGGGCUGGGAAACCAACUAGCAAGGUAAUCGAGGAAGAGUCAGACAUCCUUGCCUUCAUUGCUGAAACCUUGAAGCUAGACUGGCUGGAAUGAGGGACAUCUUAAGACAUGAUCAUUAAGGCUGACCACAAUGUUAAUCGGUCAAUAUUAGGUUCUGACAUUUUCUUCUCUACGUUGAUUACACAGUUAGCACAACACUAUUACAGCUCGGGGAAGCUCUGCAGUUCAGUUUUGGCACCCUCCUGUCAGGAGUCGAUGUAUGUCCUCCCCGUGGAGCGUGUGGGUUUUCCUCGGAUGCUAUGGUUUCUUCCCACAGUCCAAGGUCGUGCCGGUACUGUACUGUAUUGCGCUGUAAACUGACCCGUGAUUAGGCUCGGGUUGUGGGGUUAAAGGACCUACACCGUACUAAAUAAAUUUCCUGAGCUGGGUUUCAAUUCCCUAAGCCAAUUGGAAGGAACCUCUCAGGUUACAUGGCAGUCUUGAUGUUCUGAAUGUUUGAACACUCUUAACAGGCAGUUGAAACCAUGGGGCUCUCACUGCGAGAGAUAUUGCAUAUCUAUAUUAGUUAUGAGCACAUUAGGCUUGAUCAAUUUCACCGUUAACCCCUCGUGUUUCUACCAUGGUUUCAGCAGUGGAAAGUUUCCGCUCCCUCUAAAUGUUCUUGUUCGGAGAUCACCGCUUGUCCAGAGUAUGUGAAAUACUUUGCAAUAUUGGUUAUGUGUACACGUAGUCGCCUUUCAAUUUUUGCCACAUUCAUUUCAAUGAAUCCUUAAAGAAAGUACAUGCUG